AUGGAUACUCUGAUAUGUGCAGGACUUGCGGCAGCGUCCGCCACGUUGUUACCAGGUCGAGACGCAUUAUUCCCCAGCUUUAAAGCAGCCGUGCACGCGAAACCGGGUGUCGAACCCAACGAACGGCAGUCCCCAAAGCUGGAUCGCCAAGAUAGCUCUAAAUCUGAGGACCAGCUGCCUCCUCUGCCUGCCGAUGGUCCUGAAUCCAGUGAGCACUCGCCUCCCCCAUUUGAUAGCUUCAACGCCAAUGAGAAGUCGCCUCCCCUAGUUAAUUCUGAACUCACUCCUCCUGCCGAGCUACCGCCUCUUCCCGAUGGCCUUGAGCUUGACCAGCCGUCGCCUCGCCCAGUUGAUAGCUCUGGACCUGAUGACAAGCCUCCUCCUGCCGAGCUACCACUUCUUCCCGAUGGCUUUGAGCCUGAUCAGCCGUCGCCUCCACCAGUCGAUGGCUCUGGAUCUGAUGAUAAGUCUCCUACUGCCGAGCUAGCGCCUCCUCCUGAUGGCUUUAAGCCUGAUCAGCCGUCGCAUCGUCCAGCUGAUAGUUCUGGAUCUGAUGAUAAACCCCCUCCUCCUGGAAAGCUACCGCCUCUUCCCGACAGCUUCGAGUCCGAUGAGGAGUCACCCUCCGUUGUUGACUCUGAAUUCACUCCUGCUUCCGACGACUCUUCGACCUCGCAAGCGACGUUGAUCCCCCGUGGCAAGUGCAACAUCCCUUCUAUCUCCGCUUCGCCCGAACGCACUCCCGAUGAUAUGAAGGCACUGGAUGUGCCACUUGACGCCGUCGAAGCGGACACAUUCACCGAGGCAGGGCCUGUUUCCCCUAGCCCGAACCUGAUCCAAAUACCCCUAGAUACAUAUACGCAUUUACUAGACCAAAUGACGCGCUUCUUCUCUCACCUGCACGUCUCACCGCCCCCCGCCCUACCAGCUGCAGUUGCUCCAGACAUCCAACAGGGCUGUUGUCCUCAAGGACCAGACGUACUGCGAGUCGUAGAAAGCUUUGAAGCCUCAAGCAAGGCUGAAACUUUGGAACACUCUACACACUCGUUCCUCUUACAGGAGGAACUACACGGGGCAAAACACAUAAUAGCCAAUCUGGCUGAAACCUCGGAGCGCUGCGCAAACUCAAAUGUGACCUCCAUCAUUACAUGGCAGCAGGCCAUGGAGAUAGACAUCGCAACUCUUAAACAAGAGACUUCCAGUCUCCAUGACCGAAGGACGGCCAUCGUCCUCGAGGACAGAUUGGAUGAGGUGUCUAAUCUGAGGCAGCGUUUAGAAACCCAGGUCAAUACACCCCUCGCAUCGAUAAACAAGUUUCAAGUAAAAGAGAGGAGUUUUGCUCUCGAAAAGCAGGAGCUUGAAGGACAGAUUGCGCAACUCAACCAGGCCCAGAAGCAGGCCGCCCAGCAGAACGAACAAAUGACCCGCGAACUCGAGUAUCUUCGACGCGAUUAUGAAACAGAAGUUCAGAAGCUUGGAAUUCGGAACACAGACAUCCAUGCCGAAGCCAUGCAUCGUGUGGAGCUACUCGCCACCGAAAACAAGGCUAUUCGGGCUCAGAACUCCGAGAUUGCGAGUAUUGCAGUUAAUCAGGCAAGCAAAUCCAAUAUCGGCGCCCUGCAAUGCGAGGGAGCGCGCCUCCAGGAGGAACGAUCUUGGGUUGGGGACAAGGUGAGUGAGUUGAUCAGUAAAUGCGCAGCCUACGAGGUUGAGAACGCGCAUCUACAUACACAAGUGAGCGAGUCAAUCAGUAAAUACGCAGCCUACGAGAUGGAGAUCGGACGCAUACGUACAGAAGUGAGUGACUCGAGUAGUAAAUGCGCAGCCUACGAGGUCCAGAACGCGCGCCUACAUACACAAGCUUGUGCGCAAGAUCAUCGCGGCCAUUUACCAUCUAAAGUGUCCCACGCACCAGUAGCGGCUCAGACCGAAGGAAUCUUUAUAGUUACAAGGGAAGCUGGGACUCAAGCAGGUGGAUCCAGCGACGCACCGCCGCGCGUAACCCCUACCACUUUGGAUCAAGUGGUUCAAACCGAUGAGAUCCUCGUAAUCUCAAGCGAAGCUGAGGUACAAGCAGGUGGAUCUAGCGAUGCGCCCCACCGUGUACCCUCGACCGAUCACGGGGUUCAAACCGAUGAAAUAGUCUCAAGUGAAGCUAAGGCACGAGCUGGCGGGUCCAACAAUACACACCAGGUCCAGUCGCCUGAGGGAGUUCAGGCUGAAGUAACCCAAAGUGAAACUGAGACGUACGGGGACCAAUCCAGCGACUCGUCAAUCCAGUCACCACCGAGCGUCGACGCCUCUCACGACGAGGAGGCUCCUUCCCAAGAAAUUCAUGUUGUCUCUGGCGAACAAGAAUAUGGAUCCGAUGAUGCAGCACCCCAGUUACUAUCAACAUCGUCGGAGCUACCCAUUUUUGAGGCUCAUGGGCCUCCUCAUGACUCCGAUGGAGCUCAGAAUGGGGAUCAUACCCCCUCGUCGUCGCCACCGCAAACACCGGCUUUCAAGGCAUUUAAUUUCACGCCGUUGACCCCGUCGCCGCACGAUAGAUCCCUCAUAGGACCUUUGUCGCCUAUGUCCCCCCUAACAAGCAGUCCUGACGGUUCUCCGGUUAGACGGAACGUACGCGUUAAGCAAUUAGCGAGCACUUCAACAAGUUCGCGAAGAACUCAGUCCGGCACACGAUCAAUUUCUAACGACCAGAACUCUGGACAACUCCCCAAAGCUUCGACGAUAAUGAGUCCGCGACGGACUCGGUCUAGCAUGCGAUUGACUUCCAACAACCGGAUAUGCAACCAGCUUGCCCCCGGCGGAAGCCUGACGUCAAAGCGUAAAGCCACUUCAAACUCCUCAGCUGCCCCCAAAAAGCGACGGAGAACUGGCUUCGCAGCUAGCGGGCUUCAAAGGAGGCUGGCCACACCCGAAGAACUCCUCUGUGACGAUUUCAAAAAUACCUUCAUUAGUGACUUGAUGGAAGAGGGGGAUACUGAAAUGCCCGGUAGUUACCCCGCAACACCCUUUGCCUCUUCCCACAAUCAAAAGGCCGUCAACAACCCCGACCCCACUAUCGAUCGAUUUGCAGAAGCCACCACCACCACCCAGCAGCAGGAAGCAGGACAUUUACACCUUCCUCCGGCGACUAUGUCACCCACUGUUGUAAAACCCGAAGUCGCCAACGGAUCUGCUUCGGGUCAUCAUACACUGUCAAACAUACGCGACUCUCAGUCACAAACCGCACCCCGCGUAUCCUUCGCACGUACGCAACCACGUGCACCUUAUGAUCAGGCUGCCCAAUCCACCACCUAUCAUGUCCCUCCCGGCCAAUGGAUGCCCCCGAAUGCAACUCAUGAUCAGCCUGAAAUGGUCGACACUCCUGGGUCUCCUCCAGAUCUUCACCAGUACAGGACACCUAUAAAGUUUCACGCCCAUUCUCCUCCUCCUCCUGAACGUGAGUACAUCACCAUUCUACCCCAGAAUGACUCGAUCAGUGGCCACGGUCUCUCGGAACAACGAAUAUAUCACUCUCAAACGCCGCGCAGAAGCACACCGCAAGCAGAAUCACUCAUUGAAUCAGACCUUCACCAGCGCUCGACAUCUACAAAAUCUUACGCCCAUUCUUCUCGUCCUGAACGUGAAUACAUCACUAUUCCACCCCCGAUUGACUCAAUUAGCGGCCACGGUCUCCUGGGACAACGAAUCUAUCUCCCUCAGGUAGCGUCUGGUAUUUCUCCACAAACGCCGCGCGGAAGCAUACCUCAAGCAGGCUCACUUGUUGAAACAGAUCAUCGCCGGAUUCCCCAGAUAGAGGCUGUCAUCAACCCUUCAGCCCCUCUCAAUGCCACGUCACACCCAGCUAGGGCACCUCCCCCUUCUAGCUACUUCAUCGACAAGGACAUGAAAGUGUUCUAUACCGAACAAGGGACCGAUAAACUACUGGGCCGGCUCAAGCUAUACAACGCCGACUCCAAGAGCACAAGUGACAGAAAACCCCGAUACAUUGAUUGUGUGCGUUUAGGUGAAGGCCUACUUGACUUUCCCUUGGUCCCAGAAUCUUGGCUUUUGUUACCAGGCGACAUGUUCUUGCUUCAUAGCGACGAUAAAAACAUGAUGGCUGAGCGGAUGUGGCUCCAGGACAAACACGAGACCUGGCAGGAUAUCACCCAUCAAUGGAAUUUGCGCAACGGCAUCAACAACAUGCUUGUGCCCCACCCAAACGAAAAGGACGCAUAUCUAACAUGGGGCAGGGGUGAUCGGCCAAACUGGGUGAAAGGCGAGACUAUGAAGAAUAAAGCGAAAACAUGA